UGGGGAGCCGGAUGGGCGGGAUAACGUCCAAGCACGUGGGGGCGCCCUGCUUCCCAGGGCUGGAGGGGAGCGCUCCCAGCUGGCGGGGAGGGCGCUUUUCGGGUCUGGGGAGGAUGCGCCCGGGCAUGGGCAGGGGGAUGGGCGGGAAGGUGGGGGGCCACUGGCUGAGGAGGGGUGCGGGAGAGGAGGGCCUGGCAGCAUGGGUGCAGGUGCCACAGAGAGGGCGAGGCGCCGGGGAGGCAGUGGUCUGCGGGAGGCUGGUGCCCUGGGCGGUGGAGUGGGGGAGGGUCCGGGGAGGGGCUCUGCCCCCCGCAGCGGGUGUCUGAGAAGCUCCAGGUCGCCUCGGUGGAGGGUGCGCAGAGAUUGCCGCGGUGGAGGGCCAGGGCCUUGGCCUCCGCGGAAAGUAGAGGCCCUUCGCAGGGGUCACUGGGGGACGCCAUACUUCGGGCCCUAGGAGCGUCUCCCUAAGUUUAAAAGGGUUGCGCUUUGACAGAAUAAGUUGCCUGGUCGCCCGGGGAUUUUGUUUGACGUUAACAACGGUUAACAUGUCUCUAAAGAUUUGCAAACCUGUAGGUGGAAGAAGAAAUCAGAGGAAAUCAGAGGAACUCAGGAAGCGUUUCAAACCGAGUGAUAGAAAAUAGAAAAAUACAACUUCCCCAAAGUAGUGGGAGGCAGCGCAGGAAGCGAUCAAUCGCAGGAAGACGGACAGCUCUAAGUGUGCGCCAUAGAACAGGAGGAGGACACGGACUCGGGGCCCUGACGUCCCUUGAAGGAAGCUAGAAAGAGAAGAGCAGAGAGAGCCCAACGUGCCCUACGGAAGAGACCAGAGCGCCCGGAGGGGAGGCCGAGGCCCACACUGCGAGAGUCCGUGCACGCCCGUCCAGUCCCUUCUGGCCGCCCUCAGGUCCUCAGUGAUGGUGAUGCCACUGGUGAUGCUGCAGGACUGGUGCAGGUGGAGUGGCGCAAACGCACAGCGCUCCCUGCUCAUCCUGGGCAUCCCGGAGGACUGCGAGGACCGGGAAUUCCAGGAGGCCGUGCGGGCUGCCCUGUGGCCCCUGGGCAGGUACCGAGUGCUGGGCAACGUCUUCAGAAAGGAGCUCGGGUUCAGGGUCGCUUUGGUGGAGUUCACUGAGUAUUUAAAUCGAAGUUUGGUCCCCCGACAGAUACCAGGCAAGGGGGCACUCUGGGAUGUGUUCUUCCUGCCCCAGGGCCCUGAUUCUGAGUCACGGGAUAGACCCAAUUUCCCUGCACAGCCCCAGAGGCAAGCAGUGGCUGGCAGGGCAGGUGUGGCCAGAGCUGCAGGGGAGGAGGCAGCUGCAGGGGAGGAGGGAGCUGAGGGUGAGGCAGGAGCUGGAGAGGAAGCAGGAUCCUCAGAUGAAGAGGGAGCUGCCGGGGACACAGGAGUUGCAGGCGUGGUAGCAUCUGUGGGCAUGGCAGGAGCUGCAGCUGAGCCAGAGGCUCCAGGUGAGGAAGGAGCUGCAGGUGUGUCUGAGGCAGGGGCCCCAGAGGAGGCAGGAACUGCCAGUGAGGCAGUCACUGCAGGCGAGGAUGGAGCUGAAGAUGUGGCAAGAGCUGUGGGUGAGGAAGAAGCCACAGGUGAGGAAGAAGCUGGGAGUGAGGAGGAAGCUGAGGGCGAGGCAGGAGCUGGAGAGGAAGCAGGAUCGUCAGAUGAAGAGGGAGCUGCAGGGGACACAGGAGUUGCAGGCAUGGUCGCAUCUGUGAGCAUGGCAGGAGCUGCAGGUGAGGCGGGAGCGGCAGGGUGAGGAGGAAGUUGGAGAUGUGGCAAGAGCUGCGGGUGAGGAAGAAGCCACAGGUGAGGCAGGAGCCCCAAGUGAGGAAGAAGCCGCAGGUGAGGAGGAAGCUGAGGGUGAGGAGGAAGCUGAGGGCGAGGAGGAAGCUGAGGGCGAGGCAGGAGCUGGAGAGGAAGCAGGAUCGUCAGAUGAAGAGGGAAACGCAGGGGACACAGGUGUUGCAGGCGUGGCAGGAUCUGUGAGCAUGGCAGGAGCUGCAGCUGAGGCGGAGGCUCCAGGUGACGAAGGAGCUGCAGGUGUGGCAAGAGCCAUCAACGAGGCAGCAGCCCGGAGCCAGCACUGGCGGCAGACGUUGCAGCCUCUGCUCGAUGCUAUGGCCUACCGGGUACUGAGAAGGUUUUCUGGGGUGGAAGAGCCGGGCUGUGGAGAAGAGUCUUUUGAGAGCGGGCUGCACCAUGCCAACAACACGCUGUACCUGUGGCGCCACAUGUCAGAGAGGGAGAGGAGGAGGAGACUGGUGGAGAGCUUGGGUGGCCCCGUGCUGGAUCUCAUGUGUGGCCUCCUGGAGGAAAAUCCCGACACCCCUGCACAGGACUGCCUGGCCGCGCUGGUGCAGGUGUUCGGGAACAAGGAUGCCCAGAUGACCGCACGGCUGAAGUUCCUGACUUGUGCGCAGAGGCCCCAGGAGGCUCUCUUUGCCUACGUGAUGCGCCUGGAAGGCCUGCUGCAGGCGGCCUUGGAGAAGGGGGCCAUCCGGCCCGCCAUCGCAGAGCAGCUGCGCGCCAGGCAGGUGCUGAUGCAGGCCCGGCCCAACGAGACGCUCGAGAACAAGCUGAGGAGGAUGCGUCUGGAGAGGAGGCCGCCUGGCUUCCUGGGGAUGCUGCAGCUCAUUCGGGAGACGGAGGCGUGGGAGGCCGCUCCCGCUAGAAGUGAGCAGUUCCAGGCAAAGGAAAGUGCCCCCGUGGACAGCAGAGGCUUGGCUGUCGCCCAGGCCACCCCAGACAAUGAAGAUGCCAACAAGGCCUCCACAGUAAAUAAAAAUGCUGCCGAGAUCAAUCCUGCCAUAGAAAGUCCUGCCCCAGCCAAUGCAGAUUCUGCUGAGGCUUCCUCAACCAAAGAAGAUGCUGUUUCUCUUGAAGAUGCUGCUGAGCUUGCGUCUAGUGAAGGGACCACCAAGGCCUCCUCUGCCACUCAGAAAGAUGAAAAUGCUCCCACUCCUGCAGGGCUAGGUCAGGCAGGCCCCUUAGAGGCCCCUGGGGGCCCCACCCCUGCCCAGAUGGGCAGUGCUUCUGGGGUGGGCCCAGGAGGUCCUGGUGGUGACCCAGAGGGCCUUGCUCAGGCAGGAAACAAGGAGGCUGAGCAGACCCCCGAGGAGGGGCUCAAGGCCAUCCAGGAGGAGCUGGGCUGA